GUUUUAAUUUCGCCUUUCGGUUAAACGUGUAGUAACUUUGUUUUAAAAAUUUAAAAUGCCAAAAGUACGCUUCCUCAAUAUUUAACGUAAUAUAGCGAAUAUUUAUGUAGUUUUAACUGCUAUAAACUCCCAACCCUGGUUAUUACACUAGGCUCUGGCACAUAGGACGCGGGCUGAUUGCAUGGUCUCUAUAAAAUAAUACAACCGGAUCGCUGCCAACGGCGGUCUGCAUACCCGACCGUUACAGUGGACCGCGUUCGAGCGGUCGAAAGCUCGAGCCUUUUGAACAUCGAAUAAAAAUAUUAUUAUAUCUUAUCGAAUACUUAACAAUAACGAAAAAGGUUUGCAGUACUGAUGUAUUAUCACACCACAACACCACCACAUUCUUAUUAUCGUUUCGGCGCGCCAUGCGCAUCGGCCGCGGAUCAUCCUGCCGAAGUGUCGAUUCCUGCGAGGCUGUGAAUUGUAAACCGUGAAUUUAUUGUGAUGUCGAAUUAUCACAACUUUCAUGCGACGGAUUCGAUUUUCAAAAAUCUAUUAUAUUUCGAAAUCAAAAUAAUAUAGUAUAACGGAUGAAAAUGUUUGGCUAAUAAAGGCAGUAGAAUGGAUUCUGAAAUGGAAACAUCAGACCAAGAAGAUAGCCCAUCAAAAUCAAAUCGAUACUCAGAUGAGGAAAACGAAAUUGCUUUAACAUCUAAAGGUUUCAAUUACAGAGGAAUAAAUGAACCUUACUCAAAUUUGAUGCGACUAGACGAAUCUACAAUGGAUGUAUCAUUGGUUGUGAAUAACCAAAAACUAAAUGCCCACAAAACCGUUUUAGCUUCAAAUAGUGAUUAUUUUGAUAGAAUGUUUGACAGUUAUUUUAAAGAACGGUUUCAAGAUAAAAUAGAAAUAAAUAUAACUGAUGUUAGCUUUGACAUUUUGAGUACACUUGUUCAAUUUUUUUAUACAUCAGAAAUAUAUAUUACAGAAAAUAAUGUUCAGGAUCUAUUGAUUAGUUCUAGUAUAUUUUUACUAGAUGAAGUUCAAAAUGCUUGUGUUAACUACAUUAAAAAGAUAAUUGACACAGAAAAUUGCAUAGAUAUGAAAGAUUUGGCUAAUACACUAGGAUUAAAUGAUCUCUAUUCUUUAUGCAUGACUUAUAUAAUAAAUAAUUUCAGACUUGUAGCUAAUACUAAAAAGUUUAUGGAGACUAAUUUUGAUGAAAUACUGGUGUUACUCAAGAAUGAAGAUUUAUUUGCUAAAGAAGAAAUGGUUUAUGAUGUUGUUAUGAAUUGGAUAAAAUAUGAUCCUGCAACCAGAUCCAAAUAUUCGUCAGAAUUAUUAUGGUAUGUUCGAUUGCCAUUAGUUCUAAAUACUUACCAAGGAGUCAUUAAGGUUCAUGAGUUUCAAGGUGCUAAACUUAAUGAAAUUAGUUCUUUUCGAAUGGAGCAUCGAAGACCAUUUAGAAAAGGCAUAUUAGUGCUAAGUCAUUAUCCAUUUGAAUCAACUCCAGAGUGGUAUGAUGCUGCCUUUGAUCAAUGGCAGACUUGCAUGUGUGAAAAUUGUCUUUGUAAAACCUUUCAAUAUCGCUUAUUACCUCCUAGAACUUUGUGUACAGUAGUUUUACUCGAUAAAAAUAAUUUAUUUGCUGCUGGAGGUUCUAGAUAUGGUAGUGGAAUGAAAUUGGCAAACAUGUUUGAUUUGAAAACAAAUAAAUGGAUAUCCUUAAUUGAUAUGCAUUUUGAACGUCUUAAGCCAUAUAUAAUACAGCUUGAGUCAUAUGUUUAUGUGAUUGGCGGUUGCACUUCUGAAAAACAAAAUGCCAGUGUUAUAGAAUAUUAUGAUUUAAAUAAAAAGGCGUGGUAUAUCGUUUAUUCUGAAAUCAACCAAAUUGAGACAUUUAAAAAUGAUACUUAUGUUGCUCGUGUUAAAGGAUUAAUUUACAUAAUUGGAAAGACUGAAGCUGGAUAUUAUGAUCCUCGUAAUAAUAAGUGGAAAUAUAUUGAUCCAAUACCUGAGUUUAAUAAGGGUUCAGCAGUUUGCACAUUAAACGGAAAUAUUUAUAUUAUUGGUGGUCAAUGUUUGGAAAAUUAUUACAAAACUGUAUGGGCAUACUGUACUUUAACUGAAGAAUGGGUAUCCUUAGCCGAACUAAAUUUUGCUAGAUCAUAUUCUGGUGCUGUAGCAAUGAAUGGUAAUAUUUAUUUAUUUGGAGGAAAAAUGAUAGAUACUUCCAGUUCAAAUAUAUUUGAAAUAUAUAAUCCUCAUGACAACAAAUGGGUAACAUCAAAUGCUUUUAUGAAAAAGGAUCGAUGUCACAUUGAUGCAAUUGUUAUUGACAAAAAUUCAUUAUUGUUUAGACAAGUGUUUGAAGAAUCAACUAAUACUAUUAUUCAUUAAAAAGUGACUGUGAGUUUAUUCAAAACUAUUUAGUAUUAUUUAGUGAGAAGUGUAUAGGUUUGUACAGAAAAAAAAUUAUUCCUUUAUAUUAAAUAUUAUUGUUUAUUUAUAAAUUAAUUAUUUUAAGUUUAUAAUUUUAACCAUUCCUUUGUUAAAUUAAUAAUAUUUUAAUUUAAAUUCUUUCUAUGUAAACUUGAAACUGUUAUAAGAUUUUUUUUUUUAAAUAUAGUAGAAAGUAAUUGUUACAUUAUUCUAUAAGAGCAUAUUAUGUAUAAUACUCACGGUGCUUCUUAAUAUAAAUGUUUUAUGAAUCGCUUAUAACAAAAAUUUAAUAAUUAUUUUGUACACUAAAAACAUUAUCUAUGUAAUCUACAUUGGUUGUAGAAUAAUAUUCAGUAAUUUAAAUCUACAAGUGAGAUAUAAGAUAUAGUGAGUUUACUCCGUAUGAAAUAAAUAAAUAAAUAAGUAAAAUAUAUAACUUAUAAUAAUUGCUUACUAUAGAAAUAGGACAUG